GCUGAGGGGGGAUGCUGAACAGGGCAAUUUGACGCCCGGAUCAGCGUCUCACUACAAGCUGCUUCCAUUCAAAAAGAAGAGAAAACAGAAAAACAGAAAAAGAGAGAGAGGACACUAUGAGUGCAUUUCGACUGCAUUCCUCCUGCUGCUGGCCGGGACUAUGAUUUAUGGUUCCUCGGUGCUCGCAGCUUUGUUCUCAUGACACAGUUGCACUCGUUCAGUCUCCUCCGAACAGCAGCGAGCGGAUCCUCUUCAACUUUCGGGAAUCUUCGACGAUUCCGGCUGUAGCAGGUACUUUCUGCACUUGAGCGGCUCUCCCGCUGCGUGUCGGUGUCGAAGCAGCCAUGUGGAGCAGAAAGAGCGCUCCUCCGCUCCUCGUCUGCCUGCUGGCGCUCACAGCUCUCUGGAAAACCAGGUCAGUGAACGGCAAUACCACAUCUGAUGCCUUUAAAACCAACAUCACCCUGUUCACGCGCAUCCUGGACAGCCUGCUGGAUGGAUACGACAACCGUCUACGGCCGGGCCUCGGUGACAGGAUCACUGAGGUGAAGACAAACAUCUACGUCACCAGCUUCGGACCAGUUUCAGACACAGACAUGGAGUACACCAUAGACGUUUUCUUCCGGCAGAGCUGGAAGGAUGAGAGGUUGAAAUUUAACGGGCCGAUGAAUAUUCUGCCCCUCAACAACCUGAUGGCCAGUAAGAUCUGGACCCCGGACACUUUCUUCCACAAUGGGAAGAAGUCCGUGGCUCACAACAUGACCAUGCCCAACAAGCUGCUGAGGAUCCAAGAUGACGGCACUCUGCUGUACACCAUGAGGUUGACUGUGCAUGCAGAGUGCCCGAUGCAUCUGGAGGAUUUCCCCAUGGACUUUCAUUCUUGUCCACUCAAAUUUGGCAGCUAUGCGUACACCAUCUCAGAAGUGAAUUAUGAAUGGACUAUAAAUGCCUCCGACUCCGUGGUGGUGGAACGAGAAAGCUCCCGCCUGAACCAGUACGACCUGCUGGGGCAAACGGUGGGACAGGAGACGAUCAAGUCGAGUACGGGUGAAUACAAGGUGAUGACGGCUCAUUUCCACCUGAAGAGGAAGAUCGGCUACUUCAUCAUCCAGACGUACCUCCCGUGCAUCAUGACGGUCAUCCUCUCCCAGGUGUCUUUCUGGCUGAACAGAGAGUCGGUGCCGGCGAGGACCGUGUUCGGUGUCACCACCGUCCUCACCAUGACGACGCUGAGUAUAAGUGCCAGGAACUCCCUCCCCAAGGUGGCCUACGCCACCGCCAUGGACUGGUUCAUCGCCGUCUGCUACGCCUUCGUCUUCUCCGCCCUCAUCGAGUUCGCCACCGUCAACUACUUCACGAAGCGCGGCUGGGCCUGGGACGGGAAGAGCAUCGUGACGGAAAAGAAAAAAGAGCGGGCGUCCGUCAUGAAGAAGAACAACGCCUACGCCGUCGCGGUGGCCAACUACGCGCCGAACAUCUACAAGGACUCCGGCGCACUUCCGACCAUCGCCAAAGGGGGCGCUUCAGAUCCUAACAAGCCCAGAGAGGACGGCAGAGUCCCCGACAGCAAGAAGACGUUCAACAGCGUGAGCAAAAUCGACCGGAUGUCGAGGGUUUUGUUCCCGGUUCUCUUUAGCAGCUUCAACCUGGUUUACUGGGCCACCUACUUAAGCAGAGAACCCAAUAUAAAGAACAUGGUCCCCUCUAAUUAGAGACCAGCGUUGGCCGGGUUCUGGUCUGGGGACGAAGAGACGAACCAAAUACCUCCAGCAGCUGUGCACACAUACCUUUGCAGAGUUCUGGAUUGCAGCGUGAUCCUCGAUCUCCUGCCUGUUUUCUACACCGUCUGCAGCACUUUUGACAAGGCUGUCUUUUGUGAAUGUGUACGUACGUUUAUAUUCAUGGUGACAUAUCGUGUGAUUACUUUUAAUUAGAGUGCAUAUUUCCUUGAUUGUAUGUUUCCAAUUACAGUACGUGGCCACUGUACAUACAAAUCAAAUGAACACAUAAACAUGAACACAGACUUUUUAUUUAAGAUUACUUCUUGUUGUGUUGAAUUGUUCUAGUAAUGCCCACUCUUGAUAUUACAGUAUUUAUUUGUCUUUUAUGUGAAAGUGACUGAUUUUCUAAUUUUUCUCACUUCAUCUGACGUUUAGUUUUCUGUCCGAGCCGAUGCAAAAAACUAACGUGUAUGAUGUCGUUCCAGUGUAAAUGUUGUUUUCUUGUCUGUGACUGCAGGUAUGGGGCUGCAAUCACAUUGAACUCCAGAAUUAUUGAAACACUCCAAGCCAAAAAAAAGUGUGUUUGUUCAUGAAACACCGUUCGGUGCUGAUAUUAGUUAUUAACAUGACAAUGAGACAGAACUACAGAAGAUGCACACAGUGUGCGUCGAGGGAAAACUCUAGCAGUCAUUUAUUUACACAUUCACAAGUCAUUAUUGUUUUCAUUCAUGAAUCGUGACAUAAGGAAAAAGCCAUUCAGUCAAAAAGGUGCUUUUACUGAAUUGGACAAAGCUGGUAUAAUAACACUGACCCUAUGUUUAAACAUGUGGGCUGUCAAGUGUUCUUUCAGAUUUUAAUCUAAACUCAGAAACUACAAUAUAUUAUCAAGAGAAACGUCAUGAACUGAAAUAACCUCCAAUUCAAAAUAUAAAAAAACUGAAACCCGACCUAGUAUUGUCUGAUAAAGUUGUUGGCCAAUGUAUUAGCAAACAAAGUGCCUAUUGACGCAUUCCAACAGUCAGAAGCAACAUUUUCAUUGCAUUGGACUUUUCCCCCUCCUAUCUUUACCUUCGCAUUGAAAAUGCGGAAGGUAAUGUUUUGAUCGCUCUGUAUUUAUUUAUUUAUUUGUAUGCGUGUUACUCGCAUAACUAAAAAAGUAUUAAACCGAAUCGCAUGAAA